AUUAAAGUUUGAGGAGGAGGAGAUCUUAAUUUGACUAAAGUAACAGUCAAGUAUAUAUAUCCAUGACCAUCAAGUUGUUGUGAGCUUUAGGAAUCUCAGAAUUUGAGCACAGUCAGUAGGAUUGUGGAAAAGGCGGAUGGCGAAGGAAUUGGCUGCCCUGGUAUUAGUGAUUCUCACAUUGAUGUGUGCAUCAUCAGUACAUGCAGUUCCUGACGAGGAAUUUUACACGGAGUGUGAAAACAUCGUUAAGAAGUGGGCAGCCUCUUCGCUGGAUGCAGAAGUUAAAGAUAAACAUACUUUGCAAGACUUGCUUUUCUUUCUCCACAUCCCCAGGACAGGAGGACGCACAUAUUACUACUGCUUCUUGAGAAAACUGUACACAAGUUACCUAGAAUGCCCUCGUUCUUAUGACAAGUUGCACUUCGAUCCCAGCAAACCAGAUUGCAGAUUAUUGGUUACUCAUGAUGACUAUAGUAUCAUGUCCAAGUUGCCGAAAGGAAGAACUUCUGUGGUCACAAUAUUAAGAAACCCAAUUGAUCGUGUUUUUAGCGCUUAUGAGUUUUCGGUGGAGGUUGCAGCGAGGUUUUUGGUACAUCCAAACUUAACUUCCGCUAUUCAGAUGAGUAAUAAAGUACGUUCAGGAAAUAUCGGUGUAAGUACAUUGGACAUAUGGCCAUGGAAAUAUUUGGUUCCUUGGAUGAGGGCGGACCUUUUUGCCCGGAGAAAUGGAAGAGAACAUGGGGAUUUUAGGGAGAUCAAAGAAACGAAGAAUCCGUAUGAGAUGAAAGAUAUUGUUAUGCCCUUUGAGGAAUUCAUUAAUAGUGCUGAGGCUUAUGAUAUCCUUCACAAUGGAGCUACUUUUCAGAUUGCAGGACUGACAAACAACUCUUAUUUAGAGGAUCGUGAAGUGCAUUCUUGUGUGAUGAGUUAUCAGAGUCUUGGCAAAUAUGUGCUUGAAGUUGCAAAGAAAAGGUUAGACAAUAUGUUAUAUGUUGGACUUACUGAACAUCACAAGGAAUCUGCAACAAUUUUUGCGGAUGUGGUUGGGAAACAGGUAUUUUCGCAGUUGCAAGCAUUGAGCUCCAACUUUACGAGAACUACCAGCAAUAAAACAGAAGUGAUGUCUUCAUCUACUGAUUCUGAGAUUGCAAAAAGUUUUCGAACUAAGGAACGGAAGGCAAUUGAAAUACCUUCGUCCAAUAAUGCCCAAUCAACAAAUGAAACUAUGACCGUUGAAGAACUGAUGGAAGCAUACGAUGGAUGCAGUUCUUCCUUACGAAAGACUCAAGCACGUCGGCGGACCUCUUCAUUUAAGAGAAUCUCUCCAGCAAAUUUCUCAAAAGAGGCACGGCUUCAGGUUCCUGAAGCUAUUCUCCAGAAAAUAAAAUCACUUAACAGCCUUGAUAUGGAGCUUUAUAAACAUGCCCAACACAUCUUUGAGCAACAAAAAAAUCGUCUGCUGCAGAAAACCGUUCAAGUGGAGGUUCCAGGGGAUGAUAGGUUCAACGAGGAUCCACAUAAGCAUGCUGAACACAUCUUUGCGCAGCAAAAAGUUCCUCCCGUGCAGAAGUCAGUUAAAGUGGACAUGCAAAAGGAUGAUGGGUUCAAGGAGGAUCAAUAUGGAGUUCUGGUCUUUAUUCUUAAGAACAUUCUAUUUGGAAUCACAGUUUUGUUUUCCGUUGUGCUCGUAAUGCUCCUUGUAAGCUCAAAAAUACGAAGGUUGAGGACGAAGUUGCAUAAGUGGUUUAAUGUGCGACGACUUUGAAGCACAUUCUCCAUCCUUAUAGGUCAUGGAUGUCAUAACAUAACCCAUUUACCGUGAAUCCGUUCUAAUUUAACCUCAGAAAAAAACUUCAUUUGAACAGUUGAAUUGGUUAGCAUCGUUUUUUUUAUAAGCAAAAAAUAGGUAUUUUAGAAUACCUCUUUGUUGCUGGAUGAUGAUGAUGAUGAUGAUGAGGGUACCAAGGUUUGAUCCCAGACCUACUGGGUGGUUGAUCACGAUGACAACCACUGAGGUGUUGGGGAGUUGGUGCUAAGUAAUUUAAUCAAAUUUUAUGAAUUUUGUAGAAUUUGCCUUUGUAGUAGCAUCAGAUAAACAUUUCAUAGUCAAUUUUCGAAAAUGCUUUGCUGUUGUGUUU